GCGUUUGGUGGAUACUAGUUUCAUUUUGUUUGAUCAUAUUGAUACUGCAAACGGAGGCAGGGCGCAUGGCGGCUCGAACGGGAUUAGGACUUCUUCUCUAUCUGCUGGCGGUAUCAAACAGCAGGGCUCGCAUCUCGACGGAGUCGGUGUUCGCCACAGACCAGGCGGUGCUGGAGGGCUCUCCGGCCACCCUGCGCGCCCGCCACUGUCUCACAGACGACUACACGACCUCUGAGGGCGAGGAGGCUGCCGCCGUGGCCGCCGCCCUGCAGCGCUGUGUGCAGAGGCUGGAGAGGGGCGGCUUGGAGCCGGCCUGCGACGGAGUGCCAGUAGUUAGUCUGCUGUAUGUCUGUUUGGCCAACAGCCUGGGCCAGCUGGACGGACCCUCCACGCCGUUCAACUGGGCCUCGUUCGAACGCUCUCAGCUGGCCUACACGCCCGUGGUUCCCACCAACCUUCUCCUCGGAGACGAAGAGCCGCGCGUGCUCCUCGAGGGCUGCCUGCGCUCCUCAGACGCCCGUCUGACUCCGCGCCAAAGUGCCGUGCACGCCCACAGUUGCUGGCAGCGGACGGUGGCCCGUCAGUGCGACGUGUACCUUUACUUGCACGACCUCAUGGACGAUCCUGGUCGUUUACGAUUGAUCCAUCUCCUGGCGGACCAGUGUCCGACCAGCCCGAGCAGGUGUCUGGACGCGUUUGGCGCUGUCACCGACCGCUCCUGGGCAGAGUGCAGUGGCGGCAUGUACGACGGCGACGACCUGGAGACCCGGUACGCCGCUGAGGUCAGUCGAGUCACCUGUCUGCUGCAGGACUUCACCGACACCGAGACGGGUCUGCUGGACGGUCCGCGACUGCGCCAAGCCAACAUCGACAACAGUACAAAUGUGCUGAAGCGAAGUAAGAUGGAUCGUGUCAUUCGACAGAAUGCCAUGCUCCCAGACGGCGGCAGCUUCAUGGAUAAGCCGUUGACGGUUCACUUUAUUCCAAACUAUUCGACCGAGGCUUUUGUACGCCAGUGGGCCGCUGGAAGCUCAAUAUCCUGUAGCUACCAGGAGGCCAACCGACUGGCCUCGCAGUUCCCCGAUGGCUGUACGGUGACGGCCUAGGCCGGGCACGAGCUGCAGGCCGGACCGGCGGAGGAGUUGAGCCAGGAGCACCAGGCUACUUAGCGUCUCCACUGGUAACGCUAACUGGCCUAUGUGGUAUCAGUCACAUCAUGUUGAGCUAUACACGUUUCCUUGGGCUGAUAUUUGUUUUCUUUGUGAAUGUGAUUGGUCUAUUUGUGAGCAUUAUGUUUAUGUCUGACGAAAUCCCAUUUGAUGAUGCUCUACAUAUUAUUUUGAAAUACGGUAUGCCUAUACAGAUCAUGAAUCCGA